UUGAACAAAUAUAAAAUUAAUAUUUAAAAAAAGUUAAUUCCCUGCUUUCAAAAACUGAUUUUUUCUUCAAAAUAAUAUAUUUGCAUAUAGUACUGUUGAGAAUCUUGAUAGUCUUCGUUCAAAAUCGGAAAUUGUUGACAAACCUACAAGUAAAACUUCUAACCUUUUUGAACGCUAACUGCUGAAGGGAGUUGAUUUAUUCUGGUGAUAUAACUCCUUGACGUUGUUCUUCCCCGUAUCAAGAUGCCUAAAGCGGAAGCUGGGACGCCAAAAUGGUUGGCGAACAAGAUGAAGUCCAAAGGGUUGCAGAAGUUGAGAUGGUACUGUCAAAUGUGCGAAAAACAGUGUCGAGAUGAAAAUGGGUUUAAAUGUCACACCUCUUCCGAGUCCCAUCAACGUCAACUGCUCCUCUUUGCGGAAAACCCUCACCGAUAUUUGGACGAGUUUUCUAGUGAGUUCAAGACUGGAUAUGUGGAACUCCUGCGACGUCGGUAUGGCACGAGAAGAGUGAACGCUAACCAAGUUUAUCAAGAAUACAUUUCUAGUAAAGACCACUUGCACAUGAACGCGACUAAGUGGUUGUCUUUGACAUCUUUUGUGAAAUGGUUGGGCCGUGAGGGGAUUUGUGUCGUGGAUGAGACAGAAAAGGGUUGGUUUGUCACUUGGGUUGAUAGAGAACCUGAGACAAUAGCAAGACAACAAGCUGCAGCAAAGAAGAGGAAAAUGGACAAGGACGACGAUGAGAGAAUGUCGGAUUUUAUUGCGAAACAGGUGGAAAGAGUCGGAGCAUCUGGAAAGGAUGACGCCACAUACAGCGAGUUGCAACGGGACGAGGACGAAAAACUCUCGUUAAAAUUGAACGUUGUGGGUUCUGCAAAACCUAAAACAGAGGUUGCUGCAAAUCCAUCCGUGUUCAAAAUUCCCGAGAUCAAAUUUUCAAGCGCAUCAUCCGUUCGCAGUUUUUCUUCCACUGCAAGCUCGAAAGAAAGAAAACGAAAGUCGGCUCUCGAAGAAUUACGCGAGGAACAGGAAAGAUUUAAGGAAAAGAAGUUUCACAAGGAUUAUUGGCUAUUGGAAGGCAUCGUUGUGAAAGUCAUAACGAAGGACUUGGGCGACAAGUACUACAAACAGAAGGGAGUCGUGAUUCAAAUCAUUGAUAAAUAUGCCGGUGUCAUAAAACUGCUUGAAACAGGACAUAAACUUAAAUUGGAUCAGGAUCAUUUAGAAACUGUUAUUCCUUCACCCGGCCGCACUGUUAGAAUUUUAAACGGAGAAUUCCGUGGAUCCGAUGCUAUCCUGAAAUCUGUAGAUAUGGAUAAAUUUGCUGUAAAAAUUCAAAUAUGUUCAGGAUCAUUUGAAGGAAAAGUCUUGAAAGACAUCGGUUACGCGGAGAUCAGUAAGGUGCACGUAGAGCCCUCGUAGCGAAAUCAACUCUGCCUCUAUUUAACGCUAGUUAUGCCUGUAUACUGGGAUAAUGUUUUAUUUAUUAUAAUUAAAAUACUACUGUGAUAAUUAUAUAAUGGUUAUAAUUCUCUUGUAAAUUUUACUAAUGUUUUAUAAAUGCUCUAUCUAGCCAAAA